UCCAGCCAUAAUGUCUUUCUUGAAAAACGCCCAAUCCUUGAAACCUUUGUUCGACAGAGUGUUAGUGCAAAGAUUGAAGCCCGCCACCAAAACCGCUUCCGGUAUCUACAUCCCUGAAAAGAAUCAGGAAAAAUUGAACCAGGCCACUGUCAUUGCUGCUGGUCCCGGUGUUACCAACACCACUACUGGGCAAGUGAUUCCUACUUCGGUUAAGGCCGGUGACAAGGUUUUAUUGCCAUCUUUCGGUGGUAACCCCGUCAAGAUUGGAGAAGAAGAAUACUUGUUGUACACCGACAAGGAGAUCUUGGCCAAGAUUGAAGAGUAAGUAGAUAAUGUUAAUAGCUUGUAUAUAUUGAAUGCGACAAUGCGUUG